AGUCCCGGCAUGCCUGGCGUCCCAACCAUCCCGACUCCCGCCUUCGGCGGACUAUUGUCUUCUGGGAGGUGUAGUCCAGCUAGCUAGUUUAAAAGCAGGUCUUCAGGAAGCUGGCCGUUCCGGGAAACCGUCCUCAGUGUCCCUGGUCGGAGGCGCCGCUCUUCCCCGUCGCCCCGCCCCUUCUCCCGUCUCUCCCAGAGCGCCAAGAUGGCGGCCGAGGUGGACUUCGGUGACCGGGAGCUGUUCGAGGCGUUCGGUGGCGACGACGAAGCGCCCCGGGAGCCCGUUCACAUCCGAUUCGGGGCGGAGGAGAGCACUGAGGAGAUGGCUGAAGGCGAGAGGGACGAGGACGACGAGAUGCCUCAGGCGGAGGCGAAUGGCGUCGAGGACGAGGAGCUGCGCGAGCGGCUGCGCCGCUAUGAGGAGACCAUCGAGCAGCUCCGAGCCGAGAAUCAAGAACUGAAAAGAAAGCUGAGUGUUCUGUCUCGACCAAGUGGAAUUUUGGUGAACAAUUCUAAAUUAGAUGGACCCUUGCUACAAAUUUUAUUUAUGAACAAUGUUAUCUCGAAGCAGUAUCAUCAAGAAAUCGAGGAAUUUGUUUCUAAUUUAGUAAAACGAUAUGAGGAACAGAAGAAAAUUGAUAUUGAGAGGACUGCCUUUAAUGUGCUGCCCCAGCCAUCCAGUAUUGUGUUGGAAGAGGAUGGGAAAGUGAAGAAAUCAAAAGCAGUAAAAAAAAUUAAGGAAGCUUUUAGUGUUGUAGGAAGUGUCCUAUAUUUUACCAAUUUUUGCCUUGAUAAAUUGGGGCAACCUCUACUAAACGAAAACCCUCAGCUUACUGAAGGAUGGGAAAUACCCAAAUACCAGCAAGUCUUCAGCCAGAUUGUUUCUCUAGAAGGGCAAGACAUACAAGUAAAGGCAAAAAGACCAAAGGCUCACUGUUUCAAUUGUGGUUCUGAAGAACAUCAAAUGAAAGAUUGUCCAAUGCCUCGGAAUGCUGCUCGUAUAAGUGAGAAGAGGAAAGAGUUUAUGGAAGCCUGUGGAGAGGCAAACAACCAAAACUAUCAGCAGCGGUACCAUGCAGAGGAAGUUGAAGAAAGAUUUGGAAGAUUCAAACCAGGAAUUAUUAGUGAGGAACUUCAGGAUGCACUUGGAGUGACUGAUAAGACCCUUCCCCCAUUUAUAUAUCGCAUGAGACAAUUGGGAUAUCCCCCAGGUUGGCUAAAAGAGGCUGAAUUAGAGAAUUCAGGACUUGCUCUCUAUGAUGGAAAAGAUGCUGCUGAUGGGGAAACAGAAGCAGGCGAGUUGCAAAGUAAAUGUGUCACUUAUGAUCUCUCCAAAUUGGUCAACUAUCCAGGCUUUAACAUAUCUACUCCCAAAGGAAUUUCAGAUGACUGGAGGAUAUUUGGCUCUAUACCAAUGCAGGCAUCUCAGCAAAAGGAUGUUUUUGCAAGUUACCUAUCUUCCAAUUUCCAAGCAACAAGUCCUCAGUGUGGCAGCAAAAGGGCCGCAUCUCAGUCUAGUCCUCGAAGCCCGAAGAAACAGAGGAGGGGGAGCAGUACAACAGCCUCCUCGGCCACGGACAUGGACCUUGACUCAGAUAUGGAGAUACCCCAUGGUUCUCAUCUUGGUGAAGGAUUUCAGUUUCAACCCCCACUGCCUCCUGGAUCCCCCUUAAUUAGAACUCCUCCUCCACUACCCCAAGGGACUCCUCCUUGUACCCCUCCCAGCUUUACACCUCCCCUCCCCAGGGGAACCCCUCCUCCCACUCCUGGUGACUCUACUCAGACCAGAAGUGGAGCUGGAUCCAUGGAUGAAGAUACUUUGACCUUGGAAGAGCUGGAGGAGCAGCAGAGGCUGAUCUGGGCUGCCCUGGAGCAAGCUGACAGUGCAAACAGUGAUUCCGACCUGCCCAUCGACACACCUUUGACUGGAAAUUCUGUUUCGUCAUCCCCCUGCCGGAAUGAGCCAGAAACCCCUGUUGCAGAAGAAAAAAUUCCUGGAAAGCAGAUGGCAACUGACCUUGGUAUAUUAGACUCUUGUGUGCAGGUCUGUGCAUCCGAGCCUUCAAAAACAAUUCCUGACUCUGAGGAGGGGAUGCUUUGUGAAGAGGCAAAGAAGGAGGAGCCUGCCCAGGCAGGCUCUGAGCAUGGGCUGGACAAUGGUGCUGUUGGGUUGGACUGUGAAGUCAUCGAGGUCAGUGAGGGCAGCAGGCAGGACGUCCUCCCAGUGGUCACCAACACAACCUCAUCCACCAAGACAAGCAGCCCUAUCCCAGACAUGAGCAAGUUUGCAGCUGGAAUAACCCCAUUUGAGUUUGAGAAUAUGGCAGAAUCUACCGGUGUCUAUCUCCGAAUACGAAGUUUACUAAAGAACUCACCCCGGAACCAGCAAAAAAAUAAAAAAACUUAGGAUUAGUGACUUGGGGAGUUAGUCUGAGCAACACUGACCUUCAUCCUCACUUUGUGUUCUUUGUUGCUUGGAGAUGAACAAUGUGGGCAAUUCUUCUUGUAUUGUUCUUUUCCCCAAUGUUUAAGAAAGAGCUAUCCAGAACUGGAUGCUGGUGGGAGCCAGCCCUGGCUUAGCUUAAGGCAAAGUUUCCUUUAAAGAAGGGAAAGACUGUGGAUUUGCUCAUUGAGCUUUUCAUUCUCUGUGAUAAAAAAAAAAAUGGGAAGAAAAAAUGAUGUCUGAGUUCAUUUAAUUGAUCGUUAAGGUUUAUACCAUUUUUUUGACCUGUGAGUUUCAGGAGUGAUAGUUUUAAAAUCUGUCCUUUGUACAUUGUUUUCUCUUUCUACAUUUUGCUAAUUGUCAUUGUAGAUAUGUUUAACAAUAAUACCAAUUUUUUAAAGCUCUGACCAUUUUAAAUUUCUCAUAUCUUGAUGUUGGCAGUCAAUUGAGAAUCAGGGAUUACUAGCUUUGGCACCAUUUGACGUAUUUUUAUAAGUGAUUUUCCUGGGUCAAUUUUUAAUAUCCCUUUUACUUUUUGUAACCUCAUUCUUCAUGUAAAUUCACUGCACAGAUAUGUUCAUUCUUGUGUACAGAGGUUUAAUAAAUUAGUUUUCCUAUAAA